AUGCGAGGGGCGAAGAAGCGCCAGGCGCUGCCCGCCAUCGUGCUCCUGCUGCUGGCCUCGGCCCCGCCGCCGCCGGGCGCCGAGGGCAGGGACGUGCCCGCCGCCGGAGCCGAGCGGGGGGCGCUCCUCGACAUCCUCCUCCAAGCCCUGGGCGACGACGGCCGCCCGCUGCCGCCCCGCCCGCCGCGGAGGGACCGGGUGAUCUCCCGGCGCUACAGCGGCGGCAGUGCCCCUCCGACAGACCCCCGCGCCGCCGCCGCCGCCCCGCCGCCCCCCCGGCUCUUCGCCGCCGCCCGGCACGGAGAAAUUUUUCCAAGAGAUUCCAGUCUAAAAGACAAGUUCAUAAAACAUUUUACAGGGCCAGUCACAUUUUCCUCAGAGUGUAGCAAGCACUUUCAUCGACUGUAUCACAACACAAGGGACUGCUCAACACCAACCUAUUACAAAAGGUGUGCAAGAUUGCUAACGAGAUUAGCAAUGAGCCCUUUGUGUACACAGUCCUAGGAUGUUUGCUAUACUUUCUACCAAGGAGAGAAUUCUGCUUUGCCAAGAAAGUGCCUUGAAAUCUUCAAAAAUGGAGACACAUCUUUUAUCUUUUUGAUUUACAAUGUUUUGUUACUAGAUGCAUUUUAUUUUCAUAUAUUUGUCCGACAUUCCAUAUUUGUGUGAAACAUUAUUUUAUUUUGUAAAUUUGUUGCCUAUAGUUCAGACAAGCCAAUUAUUUAAAUACAUUGUAUAUGAAGAAUACUAAUGAUAUACUGAUUAAAUGUUAUAACCGUAUGCAGGGAGUUGGUAAAAUUUUGCUGUUUCUCUUGUUCCGUUGUAUUUACAUCGUUCUGCUCAGGCUCAUACUCUCAUUAUUUGCACUAACUUGAAAUGCAGAAGUCUGUGUAACUGAAAUCUGAAUAAGCUGUAAGUGGGGAAGUUUUACUUGCCAUGGAAGAUAUUUUAUAUUAUGAAGCUUUGUUAAUAUAUACAUAAAUAUUAUUGUGCAUCAGAAAAAAAUUUGCUCAGAAAUGCACCUUGCUUUCAGGAACAUUUGUAUGACUAUUCUGGAUUUUCAUCAGUUACAUUUGUACCGGCACUUAUGGAAAGAGUUGCAAAUAAUGUAAAUAUAAAGACUGGAAAACUGCAAUGCAGUUUUGGUGGAAUAAAGAAC